AUGUCCACCCAUGACAAUGCGGACUCUCCAGAGUCCGAGGCACCAUCCACCAAAAUGGACUCGCCCAUGAUCAACGGCCACAGCUUAAAGAACAACGGCCACCCCUCGCCAUCCUCCCACUCACCUCACCCCCCUCUCAAAAAGGAUCUCUCCACCGACGCCAACACGCCCAUCACCAGUCCCGGGAGAACCCCGAGUUCCGAUUCGCCCGUCAACCACGACACAGAGAUGAAGCAGGAGACGGUAGGCGGCGAGAUCAUCGUCAAGCAGGAACCGGGUCAACCGGCCAAGCUGUCGCGGAGCUCGUCGCAGAAGAUCGUGGCCAGGCCACCGCAGCUGUUUUCGCAUUUACCGGAUAGCACGGCCGAUGCGCUGGCUACAUUUGAGCAGAUUGAGACUUGUUGGUAUGCCAAUAAGUAUAUGGGGUAUACGGAACAUGCGAUGGAGUGCGACUGCGCUGAGGAGUGGGACUCCGAGGCCGGCCAAAAUUCAGCAUGUGGCGAGGAUUCCGACUGCAUCAAUCGUGCGACCAAGAUCGAGUGCGUGGGUGAUUGUGGAUGUGGACCCGACUGUCGCAACCAAAGAUUCCAAAAGAAGCAAUACGCGCCAGUUACCGUCAUCAAGACCGAGAAGAAGGGAUUCGGUCUGCGGGCGGAGGUCGAUCUGGAUCCGCACCAGCUGAUCUUCGAAUAUGUCGGCGAGGUGGUUGGCGAAGCGCAGUUCCGGCGUCGGAUGAGGCAAUACGAUGAGGAAGGAAUCAAGCAUUUCUAUUUUAUGUCCUUGAACAAGGGUGAGUUUGUGGAUGCCACGAAACGAGGUAAUCUGGGCCGCUUCUGCAAUCACUCGUGCAACCCCAACUGUUAUGUCGACAAGUGGGUGGUGGGUGAGAAGCUGCGCAUGGGCAUUUUCGCCGAGCGUGCAGUUCGUGCAGGCGAGGAGCUCGUCUUCAACUACAACGUUGAUCGGUACGGUGCGGAUCCACAGCCGUGUUAUUGUGGAGAGCAAAACUGCACAGGAUUCAUCGGUGGACGGACCCAGACUGAGCGGGCGACUAAGCUGUCCAAUGCGACCAUUGAAGCCCUGGGCAUUGAGGACGAAGACGGUUGGGACACGGUGGUUGCCCGGCGACCUCGCAAGAAGAAGACUGAAGAAGCCGAUGAGGAGUACGUGGACAGCGUUCAGCCCAAGUCGCUGGAUGAGGAGGGCGUGACCAAGGUCAUGGCCGCGCUCAUGCAGUGCCAGGAGAAGUGGAUUGCCGUCAAGCUGCUGGGCCGUAUCCAACGGUGCCAGGACGAGCGCGUACGCAACCGAGUUGUCAAGAUGCACGGUUAUCAAAUUCUCAACUCGCAGUUGGCCAUGUGGAAAGAGGAUCACAAUGUGAUCAUGCAGAUUCUGGAUAUUCUGGACCAGUUCCCGCGUUUGACGAGGAACAAGAUUAUUGAUUCCAAGAUCGAGUCGAAUAUUCAACCAUUGACGACUGCUGGCGAUGAGCGCGUGGCGAGCAAGGCCGUGGCUUUGCUUGCAAGCUGGGCCAAUCUGGAGGUUGGAUAUCGCAUUCCACGGAUGAAAAGGGGUGAUCAACAAGCCAAGCAGUCUGUCAAUCAAUUCGAGCGUCGUGAGUCUGGGCGAGAGCAACAGCAGCGAUCUGUUAGUCGCUCCCCAUCACCCGUGGAACCACAACCACGAGGGGGACAUGGCGCUGGUCCGCCACGAAGAGAUCGGAAUCUACAUCACCAUGGAGGCCCCGGGCCUGGUGCUGGUGGAGGACCAGGUGGACGAUCACGCCGGGAUCGUCGCCAUGAUCCUCGAAACCGUCAGCCUCUUCCUGAGGGAUGGUUUACCGCGGAAGCUGAAGGAGGUCGGGUGUACUAUUACUCGGCAUCGGGAGAGACGACGUGGAAACGUCCGACAGCACCAGCUGCAUCUGCCGCUGCGCCAGCUGCCAACAAGCGUAAUCAGGCGCUGCAGAGCAUCAUCGAUGGAAUCAUGAACUCGCAGGACAAGACACCCUCUGAACAGAAGACUGCGACGCCUGGGACACCACAGGCGUCUGAUCCGCAACCGGAGAAGAAAAAGAAAGAUGCAGAUUGGUGGAAGAAGCUUUCUUUGGAGAAGCAGAAGAAGCUCUAUGAGAAUACGCUUCACCCUACGAUCAAGCACGUUGUGGACCAGUUCAGGCAUAAGCUCCCGAAGGACGAUCUGAAGCGUUUCGCCAAAGAGACCGCCAAGAAACUCGUGGAAGGCGACUACAAAAACGGGCGCGUCACAGACCCAACUGCAAUCAGCGACAAACACAAGAAAACAGUAAAAAGCUACUGCAAAUCCUUCUUCGAAAAAGCCGCCGCAAAGCACAAGGAGCGCGAGGCCCGUAAAGCCCAGAACCAAGCCUCCUCCACCACAACCUCCACCAACCCCAAACCCGACAGCACACCCGCCGACGACCCAGACGUCAAAAUGUCCGACGACGAAGCCGACCCAGUCACACAUCCACAUGCCAGCGCUGAACCUCCUACGCCAAUGGACGAGGAUUCUGCUGCCUCCACGCUCAAACGCAAGCGCGAUGAUAAUGCGACUUCCCCUGGUGUUGGUGUAGAUACACAUCCUACCUCGGAAGUUGACAGUUCACCAUCGAAACGUCAAAAAUCUACUCCGCCACCUCCUCCACCUCCACCCCCGCCGAUGGAUGGACCCGCCGAUGCAGAUGACGAUACAUCGGUCUCGCCGCCUUCAGCCUCGAAGGGGUUUCCCGGUCAGGGCGGGACUGAUGUCGAGAUGAGUGAUAUCCAGACUCGUCCUGUUCUUAGUGUCCAGGGGAAUGUAUAG